AUGGCAUCCUCGACUAGAUACCAACCCGCUCCUCAGCGCGACUCGGUCGACGAGCAAAACUACACUCAAGCGCCUCCUAACUACCAGGCUACAGGACCCAGCCACGAGGAGGGCAUCUUCGGGGCCCCUAGGUCAGAGGACGACAAUGUCCCCGACGACUUCAAGUUCGGCGGCGUCAUCAUCGAAGCUACCAUUGACAUCCGAAUGUCCUUUAUCCGCAAAGUCUAUACCAUCCUGACCACCCAGCUCCUCCUCACAGCCGCCCUGUCCCUGCUUUCGUUUUUCUCUACCGGCUACAGGAACUGGAUCCAGUCCAACUCGUGGAUGAUGUGGGUGUCCAUGAUCGGCGCCAUUGGAUUCAUGCUCCUCACAUUUUGGAAACGCAAGUCCUACCCGACAAACAUGGUCUUUCUGGCCGGCUUCACCGCGCUCGAGGCAUACAGUAUCAGUGUCAUCACAUCCUACUUUGAAAGCCGCAUCGUGCUCGAAGCCCUCGUCCUCACGCUGGGCAUCUUUGUCUUCUUGACCCUCUUUGCGUGCCAGAGCAAGUACGACUUCACCAGCUGGAUGCCCUACCUCUUUGGCGCCUUGUGGAUCUUGAUCAUUUUCGGCUUCAUGGCUGCCUUUUUCCCGCACGGGUCCACGGUGGAAUUGGUCUAUGGCGUGAUUGCGGCCUUGGUCUUUAGUGGCUACAUCCUCGUGGACACUCAGUUGGUCAUGAGACACUAUCACGUGGAGGAGGAGAUCGCGGCUUCCAUCAGCCUGUACCUCGACAUCCUCAACUUGUUCCUCUCGAUUUUGAGGAUCUUGAACGCGACUCAGAACAAUAACUAA